AUGAAUGAAAUUAAAUAUUUACAAGAAAAUUUCAGCGAAAUAGAGACGAAAACAUGGAAAAAUAUCAAAUUGGUUAGAAAACAUAAAUAUUCUGUACGCUUCAGGGACAUUCAGCGUGGGACUUCAACAUUUCUAAAUAACUUGAAUUGGUUGCGAACAAAUGUUACACUUUAUAAGUCCAGUGAUCUCAUGACCCAAUUAAGACCACAAGUAACAAACAACACGUGUGUUUAA